AUGCUCCGACUACCGUAUGCCCUCCUCGCCCUCCCGGCCUUGGCGAUGGCCAUGCAGAACAGCUUCAUGCCGAUGAUGGCACCGGAGUUGAACGCACUGGAGAUUGCUGGGGAUUGCACGGUUACGGGCACCCAACUGUUUGCCAACGAGCUGUACGUUCGAGAACUGACGACAGCCGAACAGAGUGAGGUCACGGAAUAUCAGACGGAAUUGACGACAUACCGGACGCAAAUGAAGUCGCUCUCCCAGCAGCUCCAGAACCUGACGCAAAGCCGUUUUGCUUCUGCUGCGUCUGCCACUACCGUAGCCGGAACCAGCGGAAAGAAGGGGAAGAACAACAAGAAGGGAGGCAAGGGUGGAAAUGGAAGAUUUGUGGCUGUAACCCCCAGCGCAGCCGAAGAGGCUCUGAUGCAGCAGAUGCGAAACCUGACCCGCCCCUCCAGGCCGUCAUUCUGUAAUGGAACCGACACCGUGCUGUACAUCUUCCCGGGAUGCGCCGUUCAGAACAACCAGGUGUACAUCAACGGAAUCUGGGUUCGCAACCUGACCAGUGAGGAGCAGACGACAAUGGCUACGUUCGUCACCGAAUACAACGCCUUCCAGCAAUGGGAGAUCAACCAGAUCAAGAGCAUGACCCAGGGAGGCCAAGGAGGCCAGGGAAGCUGGACGGGAGGCCGUGGCGGAAAUAAUCUCUUAUUCCUCGUCUUCAUCCACCUCUCGACCGCCCAAUACUACUCGCCCUGGUCGUAUGGUUAUGGAGGCACGUACUGUCCCUGGUUGUGGGGCGGAACCGGUGCAUUGGGUGGCUACGGCGGACUUGGCGGUUACGGCGGCCUGGGCUCGCUGUACGGCCGCGGAAUGUACAAUCCGUACUCGAGUAUGGGGUUGUAUGGCGGGCAAUACGGAAUGUACGGUAACCCGAUGCUCGGCUACGGAAUCCUACGGAGUCCGGAAAAGCCGGGAAAAACGGCCAUCUACCCGCUGAGUGAAAAAGAGGAUAAGGAGCUCGCAAAGCUUUACGCCCAAAAACUGGAAGAAAGGGAUUUCUUGAAGAAAAGCACAUCUACCUUCCUCCCCACCCGGCAA